AUGGCUACGUCUAUCCUUGGGGAAGAGCCACGCUUUGGAACCACGCCCUUGGCCAUGCUGGCCGCCACCUGCAACAAGAUCGGGAACACCAGCCCGCUCACCACCUUGCCCGAGUCCAGCGCCUUCGCCAAGGGCAGCUUCCACCCCUGGAAACGCUCCACCUCCAGCUGCAAUCUGGGCUCCAGCCUGUCCGGCUUCACCGUGGCCACCAGCCGCGGCUCCAGCGGGCUGGCCAGCGGCAGCGGCACAGCCAACUCGGCGGCAGACAGCCUGUAUCCGCGGGUGGGCAUGGCCCACCCGUACGAAUCGUGGUACAAGUCCGGCUUCCAUUCCACGCUGGCGGCGGGCGAGGUGGCUAACGGGGCGGCCUCGUCGUGGUGGGACGUGCAUACCAACCCGAGUUCGUGGCUGGAGGUGCAGAACCCGGCCGGAGGCUUGCAAAGCUCGCUGCACUCGGGCGCCCCCCAGGCCUCCCUCCACUCCCAGUUGGGCACCUAUAACCCGGCCGACUUCAGCUCCCUCACACAUUCGGCCUUCAGCGCCACCGGCCUGGGCUCCACGGCUGCCUCGCACCUGCUCUCCACCAGCCAGCACCUGCUUACCCAGGAGGGAUUCAAGCCCGUGCUCCCUUCCUAUACGGACUCCAGCGCCGCCGUGGCCGCGGCCAGUGCCAUGAUCUCAGGAGCUGCGGCGGCCGCCGCAGCUGGAGGAGGUUCGGCGCGCCCGGCCGGGCGCUAUUCAGGCCGGGCCACUUGCGACUGCCCGAACUGCCAGGAGGCCGAGCGUCUGGGGCCGGCGGGCGCGAGCUUGAGGCGCAAAGGGCUGCACAGUUGCCACAUCCCCGGCUGCGGGAAGGUCUACGGCAAGACGUCGCACCUCAAGGCGCACCUGCGCUGGCACACGGGCGAGCGGCCCUUCGUGUGCAACUGGCUCUUCUGCGGCAAGCGUUUCACGCGCUCCGACGAGCUCCAGCGGCACCUGCGGACUCACACCGGCGAGAAGCGCUUUGCCUGCCCGGUCUGCAACAAGCGCUUCAUGCGCAGCGACCACCUGAGCAAACAUAUUAAAACGCACAACGGGGGAGGCGGGGGCAAAAAGGGCAGCGACAGCGACACGGACGCCAGCAACUUGGAGACGCCCAGAUCCGAGUCUCCAGACCUUAUUCUGCACGAGGCGCGAGGCAAGGACUCCACAACAGGGCCUAAUGACUCUUAA